AAAAAAUCGCUUUGGAAGAUUAGAGUUGAAGAACUUACCAGGAUACAUACAUAAGUAAUCACAAUGGUUAAAUUAUCUCAAGUCGAAGACGAAUCUUCAUUCCAAGAACAACCAGCCAACGCUUCUGGUGCCGCUCCAGCCAAGGAAACCCAAGCCGAAGAAUCAGAUAGCGAAAGUGAUUCUGAUUUUGAUGAUGAUUUUGAUGAAAAUGAAACUAUUUACGAAAGAAUUGUUGCAUUAAAGGAUAUCAUCCCACCAAAUCAAAGAAAUUCCUUGAGCAACUUUGCUUCUUCAAUCAAAUCUGGAAUUAAUGCAUCUGGUAGUUACUUAUGGAUCAUAACUUCCUCAGUUCUUUUAUUGGGUGUUCCAGCAAUUUUAGCAAUUCAAGCUGAAGCACAAAUGAAGGAAAUGGAAAAACAAUUUACUUUACAACAAUCAGCUCAAGAUGUUUUGGCUCCAGGUACUGAAAACAAAGAUGAAAAGAAGGCUUAAAGAAGCUGAAAUCAAAUAAUAAAGAAUAUUCAUCUAAUGAUUUUUUCUAUUCUUGUGCUCUUAGGUUUUCUAAGAUGAU